AUGUCUAUGUCUAUUGACGAUAGCGCCACGGUGCGAGAGGGCUAUCCUCGGCCGACACCGGAUAUCCCCAACAAUGUGCUAGAACAGCUUCGCCUCACAGACAAAGUCGUGGUAGUCAAUGGCGCAGCGGAUGGAAUUGGGUAUGCCGUCGCAGAGGCCAUGGCUGAAGCAGGCGCCCAUGUCGCGCUAUGGUACAACACCAAUGAUGCGGCCAUAGAAAAGGCGAAGAGUCUUGCUGGGUCUCAUGGAAUCAAGACACAGGCCUAUCAGGUCGACGGUGGGCGACACCUAAUGGUAGUCGGAGAUUUUGGAAAGAUUGAUGUCUUCAUGGCAAACGCCGGCAUGGCCAUUUCCAAGCCCAUUCUCGAGCAGACAAUUGAAGAGUACCGAAAACAGAUGUCUGUCAAUGUUGACGGCGUCCUCUUCUGCGCCAAAUACGUGGGUGAGGUUUUCAAGCGGCAAGGCUUCGGAAACCUCAUCAUCACCUCUAGCAUCAGCGCGCACAUCGUCAAUGUUCCAGCCGACCAACCAGUUUACAAUGCCACCAAGGCCUUCAUAACCCAUUUCGGCAAGUCUAUCGCUCGCGAGUGGCGCGAGUUUGCCAGAGUGAACAUUGUUUCGCCGGGGUUCUUCGACACCAAGAUGGGCGCCAGUCCAAGCAACCUCCAGGAAGCUUACCGCAUGACCCCGCUUGGGAGACAGGGCAACGUGAAGGAGAUAAAGGGGCUGUUCUUAUAUCUGGCCAGUGAUGCAUCAACCUACAUGACGGGAACAGACGUUUUGAUCGAUGGGGGCUACGUGCUGCCAUAG